CUAGAAUUCUGAGGCUCCCUCCGGAUGAGAAUUGAGCUGUCCGUACAGCCAGGACACUCGGGGUUACAGCACCGAGGGGGUCCAUAGCUCGAGAACCCUACAGAUAUCCAAAAAUGAUUGAGAUUGAACAGGCAGAGGCCCAGCUCUCUGAGUUAGACCUGCUAGCCAGUAUGUUCCCUGGUGUGAAUGAGCUCAUAGUGAAUGACCAACUGGCUUUAGCAGAACUAAAAGAUUGUAUUGAAAAGAGGACAGUGGAAGGACGAUCUUCAAAAGUUUACUUUACUAUCACUAUGAACCUGGACAUAUCUGAGGAAGCAGUGGUGAUGUUUUCUCUGGCCUGUGUUCUUCCCUUUAAAUACCCUGCAGUUCUGCCUGAAAUUACUGUCAGAUCAGUAUUAUUAAGAAGAUCCCAGCAGGCUCAGCUGAAUACAGAUCUGACCACAUACCUACAAAAGAAUUGUCUUGGAGAUGUCUGUAUAUUGAAUGCCACAGAGUGGGUUAGAGAACAUGCUUCUGACUAUGUCAGCAAAGACAACACACCUUCCCCUGUUCCAGGAAGUACAAUCCAGCCAGUUGACCUCAUUCUCACAAGACUCUGGAUCUACAGCCAUCACAUCUACAACAAAUGCAAAAGAAAGAACAUUCUAGAGUGGGCAAAGGAGCUUUCCCUAUCUGGGUUUAGCAUGGCUGGGAAACCUGGUGUUGUUUGUGUGGAAGGCCCACAAAGUGCCUGUGAAGAAUUCUGGUCAAGACUCAGAAAAUUAAACUGGAAGAGAAUUUUAAUUCGCCAUCGAGAAGACAUUGCUUUUGAUGGUACAAAUGAGGAAAUGGAAAGACAAAGAAAAUUUUCAGUUUUUGAAGAAAAAGUAUUCAGUGUUAAUGGAGCCAGAGGAAACCACAUGGACUUUGGUCAACUGUAUCAGUUUUUAAAUGCCAAAGGAUGUGGGGAUGUUUUCCAGAUGCUCUUUGGUGUGGAAGGACAAGGAGCAGAAGAGUAGUUGAAAGUGUUUUGCUACUGUUGGUUUUUUGACUUUCUCCCUGACUCUUUCUUGAAAGAUUAAGUAAUUUCCCUUUAGUCCCAUUCUAAAAUGUUAAGGGGGAAAAAAAGAGGAAAAGUAGUAUAGCUGAAAUGCAUCUGUUAAAAAUAUUCAUGAUUGAAUGCAGAACUGAGUUU